AUUCCGUUCACUUUUAGGAAGCUCACUGCAAGAGACACAGACGACUGCCUGAACGCACAACCAUAGGAAAUGGAGUCGACCAUAAGCCUCCUCUCCGAGAAACACUUUCUGUGUUCUCUGUGUGAAGAGAUCUUCAGCGACCCCGUUUCUACACCCUGUGGACACAGCUUUUGUCAAAUGUGUCUGCGUGUGCACUGGAGUCGCAGCGGCUCAGACGAGUGUCCUCUCUGCAGGAGGAACUUCAGCUCCAGACCCCAUCUCAGCGUAAACCGCAUAUUGGCGGAUGUGACCGAAAACUACAGGAAAACACGUCUGGCUGCUAAAUCAAAGUUCUUCAGUAUGGAUGAACUGCAAGAUGAACCUAAGAAUGCAGGAGAGGUGGAACAGAUGAUCCAGGAGAGACUUAAAAAAGUUGAGAAACUUCAGGAUUCUAUAAAGCUCUUAAAGAACUCUUGUCUCAGGGAGGUUCAGGAGAGUCAGAGGGUGUUUUCGUCUUUGUUAAGCACCUUAGAGAAGAGCCAUAGACUGGUUGUGGCUGCAGUCGAGCAGAAACAAAGAGAGGCGGAGAAGAGGGUUGACAGACUUGUGAAAGAGCUGGAGAGAGAAAUCCAAGAGCUGAAGAAUGAACACACCAACUCGGAGCUAUUAAAUGACAAAGAGCGUCUUAAAAAGAGUGUCAGUCAAAUCCCCAGAGCAAUGAGAGAUUGGUCUAAAGUCACACUGGAAACCGAUCCUUGUGUUGGAUACACCAGACAAGCAGUGGUUGACGUCAUAGAUACAGUCAUGCUGGAAUCUAAAAGACUCUCUAAAGCUGAACUAAAGAAGCUUCAGAAAUACACAGUGGAUGUCACUCUGAAUCCCCGGACAGCUCAUGCGUACCUCUAUAUCUCUGAGGACAGAAAGGAGGUUAGACAUACAAACAAACAGCAAGAGGUUUCAGAGAACCCGAAGAGGUUCGACCGGGUGGCUAACGUGAUGGCCAAGGAAGCCUUGAGCUAUGGAAGACACCUGUGGGAAGUGGAGGUCGGAGACAAGACUGACUGGGAUCUGGGCAUUGCCAAACAAUCCGUCAACAGAAAAGGAAAAUUCACCGUAUGUCCGUCCAAUGGAUUCUGGACGAUUAGUUUAAAGAAUGGGACUCAGUACGUUGCAAACUCAUUCCCUUCUAUGUCCUUGAGCCUUAGCCAGAAGCCCAGAAAAGUGUCCGUUUACCUGGCCUAUGAGGAGGGCAAGGUGUCUUUCUUCUGUUCGGAGACCGGAACCCACAUAUACACAUUUAGAGACGCUUUCACAGAUAAGCUCCACCCCAUCUUUAGCCCGGGACGGCCUCACGGAGUCAAAAACGUUGCUCCACUUAUCAUCUGCACCAACUGUUGUAGCAUCUGAACCAAUUCGCCAUUC